AUGUCUUCGCGCGAUCAAACUGAUGGUGGGAAACCACCAAUCAACUCAAUUUCCCUCUCGUUAGCCGGUCCAAAGGGUCCUUCAAAAAAGACCGGUUUCAGCAUUCAAUCCUCAAAUCGCGGCCGUCCCACAAAUGCUCCAGCGCCAAAGGGCGGGGCUCUCCCUCGACGCCCUCACCAACUUGGCCAUGGCGAUGACUCUGACGAAGAGGAGGCACCCCCCGUUCACGAGGAAGUCUCAGGUUUCGACACUCAUACUGGUGGCGCUAUCACCGCAGACGGACGGGCAGUCGAAGAUGCAAACAAGCCACUGGUCAUUCCUGUCACAAGCAAGAAUAACUGGCGGGACCGAGCGGGUGUCAAUGUCAAGAAAAGCAAGAAGAAUCUUCUGCCCGCCGAAGUGCAGGCCAUGCAGGCCAUGCAGGCAGCGCAAAAGAAUGGACAAAUGCCCGGGGAGGCCGCAGUGGAGGUAGAUGCGCCGAGCAUGGCACACGGGCUGAGCUUUGCACAGCAACCCACAGAUAAAGCAGAGGAUGGUGGAGCAGAGGACGACGAUCAAGCGAUGCCCGAUGCACAGCCCGUCGAGACUAAGCCUCUCACCGAAGACGAGAUUGCUAUGCAGGCGCUGAUUCGGGAAAGUAAGGGUGAAGUGGAACGGAGGUCAGACCUUGUCAUUGAGGCUGCUACUAAGGGUGAUGACGAUGCGCCCGUUCAUUACAGUGAACUCGGCUCUUUCCGAAAUGAUGUGGCAUCCCGACCCGAGUCUGCUAGUUUGGACGACUACAACGCCAUCCCCGUUGAGGAAUUCGGCGCUGCGCUACUACGAGGAAUGGGCUGGAAAGAUGGCCAAUCCAUCGGCCGAGGCGACUACAGCAGUGCGACAGCUGCAGAAAGGGCAACCAAACCUCGUAUUCCAGAACGACGGCCUGGGUUCCUCGGUAUUGGCGCCAAGGAUUCAUCUGGUGGCAAAGGCGCCGAAGUGGAGCUCGGAGCUUGGGGAAAAUCAGCUAUGCGCAAGGCGUCGAGGAAACAGGGAGAAGAGAACGACAAGGCCGAGGGUGUGUACAUGCCUAUUACGAUGCGGAACAAGAAAACCGGCGAGUAUCUCACCGAGGAGGAACUCGGCGCAUUAAAAAAGGAGGCCAAAUCCAAUCCUCCCAAGGAAGACGACUGGCGCGAGCGACGGGAUCGCAACCUUGAAAAGAGUGGACGGGACAAGGAUCGAGACCGGGAAUACCGCAAACGUGACUACGAUGAUGAGGAAGAUCGCUCUCGCCGGAAGACUGGGUCCUCGCGGCGUGACCGCAGUCGAUCUAGUGGCCGUCAUUCUUCUAGCCGCUCUUCUCGAUACGAUGAUAGCGAUAGAAGUAGACGGGACGACCGUUCUUACCGUGAUCGAAACUACGACAGAGAUCAUCGUCGGGACCGUGAUGAUGAUAAGGAUCGGCGAAGAGAUGGAGAUCGGGACAGAGGCAGUCAUCGAUCCCGAGAUGAGAGAUAUAGCAGCUCACGGCACUCGUCUCACUCAUCUCGAAAUGAUCGAGACCGCGACCACGAUCGCGACUCUCGCCGAAGUCGACGGGAUGAUUAA